UUCCUUCACAUUAUGUUCCGAUCAGCAUUCUCCACUGCUACCGUGGGCAUCAAUGCCUCGGUGCGCUCAUUUGCUACCCAGGCAAACCAGGCCAAGUCUUCCAUUCAUUUGGCCAGUUUGGCUGACAAUGCCGGUGCUGUAUCUCAGCGUAUUCGCCUUGGUCGUGGUCCUGGUUCUGGCAAGGGAAAGACUGCCGGUAGAGGUCACAAGGGUCAAAAGGCUCGUUCUGGUAACGGUCAGCCUGUACCUUGGUUCGAGGGUGGUCAAACUCCUCUUGUCAAGCGUCUUCCCAAGCGCGGUUUCUUCAACCAGCACGGUAAAGAAUACCAGGAAGUUAAUCUCGAUCGUUUACAGCACUGGAUCGUUAGUGGAAGAAUCGACGCAUCUAAGCCUAUUACAAUGAAGGAUCUUUUGGACAGCCGCUGUAUCCACAAGAUUGAGGAUGGUGUAAAGAUUCUCAGUGUGGGUGCUGAACAAUUCAACAUUCCUAUUACUAUUGAGGUAUCUAGAGCUUCCCAGAAGGCCAUUGAGGCUAUUGAGAAGGCUGGUGGAACCGUCUCUCUCCGUUACUUCAAUGCUAUCGGUCUCAGAGCACUUAUCCACCCCGAGAAGUUCACAAAGACCCCCAAAGCAGCAGCACCAAUUCGCAAAGAGGAUAUCAAGUAUUAUUCUCAGGAAAGAGCCCAGGUUACUGUUUAGAUUUAAUAAACCAUGUCUCUCGUACACACCUACAACCU